AAAUCGAAAACGUCAAACAGUUACCCUCGACAUCCUAACCGAGACGACAUCGGUAACGGUAGACAUCCCUAACAUAGUCAUUCUAGUGCAUCCAACAAUGACUGGGACACCAAGUGGAAACCAAGUUUCAGUGGUCUUCGGUGCGAAUAUGCGAUUCUGAUACAAUGUUGUGAGUGUGCAAGAAGAAAAUAGUCAAGAUAUUUGCCGAGAUUAUUAAUUAAGGACUAUGCAAGAGUGUUCACGUUCAUACGAAAACGGUAAUUAAGGAUCCCGUUUAAAUGGUGGAUUAUUACAACUACAAAAUGUUGGGCAAAGAGGAUUUCGAGCCGCGAUCCCAAUCGGAAUUGACGAAAGCGGAACUGAGGAAGAGCAACAAACCAAUUAUGGAAAAGCGGCGACGCGCUCGAAUCAAUCAAAGUCUCGACGAACUGAAGACUCUUAUACUCGAUGCAAUGAAGAAAGACCCGACUAGACACUCAAAACUGGAGAAGGCUGAUAUUCUCGAGAUGGCUGUGAAGCAUAUACAAACGGUGCACCGGCAGCAAUUGAGCGCGGCCAUCUCGACCGAUCCAGCGGUGCUAACUAAAUUCCGCACUGGAUUUUCCGAAUGUGCUACUGAAGUAUCGCGGUACGUCAGCCAGCUCGAGAACGUCGAUCCUGUCGUCAAGCAACGAUUGGUAUCGCACUUGAACAACUGCGUGAACAAUCUCCAGCAAAUGGCGCCGUUCUACAACCACUACGUGCCCUACAUGCCGGAACGCCUCUAUCCGGAAGUAAAGGUCGGUUUCCAGAGCGAUUUCCAGAAUGGGGAUGAGAAUAACAACGGCAGCGCGAGAAUACAGAUACCGAACGGGGUGCAGCUGAUUCCCAGUCGGCUGCCGACGGGCGAACUGGCGCUGCUGGUGCCGCAGUCAGCCAACAUUUCCGCGAAUUUUCCUUUCUUCCCACCGGCCCCCGAUUCGGCCACGAGGAUCGGUCAACCGUCGGCUUUCACCGCGGUUCAAAGGCCGCACAGCCCGUUGCCGAGCCCUUCGACUUCUACGUCCAGCUACGGCGACGAGAGCCAUCAUUCGGAGCAUUAUCCGCAAUCUCUGUCGCCUAAUCAUCAGCCGCAACGUCACUUCAAGUUACCCGAGCAGAGCCCCGCGUCUUCCAAAAGCUUCUCCUCCUCGCCGGAGACCCAGAGGCCGCAAAUCAGUUCCACCAGCGACCGAAAGUCACCGAUCACAUUCGCCGAGCCUAAAGUCGUAGAUAAUAACGUCGCGCCUGCUAGGAAAGAUCCGAUGGAAGGCUCGGCGAGUGCGCAUCGUCUCGCAACGCACAUUCUGCGACAACCUCUUUCGGUGAUCACGGAUAAGACUUACAAUCGCGCCCCGAAUUCUUCGAUGUCCAGACUAGACGAUUUAAAGAAACGUUACUCUAACGGACUUUUAGCGAUUUCAAAUAAGAGACCGCGAUAUCAAGAAGCCACUAGUUCAACUUCCUCAAUGAACCACACCGAUACGCCUAAAAAUACGAACGAACAGAUCUCUGUCGCUGUGACAGAAGAAGAUCCGGAAAGCUUGAAUUGUCAGGCUUCGCAGAACCCUAACUCUGACAAAUUUUCGAUGAAUUUGGCGGGUCCUUCCGGUACUAACGGUGAUAUGUGGAGACCUUGGUGAUUAUCCAGCUGCUGGUCGCCGCAAAACUCAAAUACCAGUAAUACUUUAAGACUGACUGAUUUGUUUGGAAAUCUUAUAAGAAAUCUUAUAAGUAGUAUUAAACGGAUUUAUUUUUAUUCUUUAAAAAAUAUACUUCGCGACAUGUGUCACGUAAUUACAUCGAAAAUACAUUUUGUUUUGUCACUCGCUGAUAAUCUAUGGACAUGAAUCGCAAGAUUUUAACAUGGCUCGGGUGAUAUGUAGCGUAUUUGUAAGUGGAGCCGCACUUACGUGAGUAACUCGUUAAGGAGUAGUUUAUCGAGGAUAAAUAAGAUUACCAGAGAAUACCGAGAACACGUUGAGAAAGUAUAAUAGUGUCACGAAUAUCGUUUUGUAUUAAAUCAUAAAAUGACGCAAGAAACUCUGCAAGAAAAAAAAUAUAUUUUAUAGAGGCAAUAUACGCUACUGUAUUCCUUGACGCACUCUAUCUUGUAUCCUCGUUACUCUACGAAUACUCAUAAGCUUUAAGUAGGCUAAACAAGAUUCUUUUAAUAAAUCCGUGAUGAUGAACUGUGAAUACCCUUGUAAAUAUUUCAAUUUUUAUUUAAUUAACUAAAUACCCUGUCUACCAUAAUUUAAUUUUUGUGUACCAUAAGUAUUAUAAGUUUCAACAUUAUACGAGUGACGAUUUUUCGAUAAUUCACAGUGGUCAGUAUUGUCAAUUAAGAUAGUAUUAAGAGUUUGUGAUAAAAAAAAGUAUAAAACAUUGAAAUAGAACUCUCAUGAAAGACA